UAGUCCUCAUUUUUUGAAGCAAUGGUGCUUUCUUACAAAGAGUGUCUCAAAAAUCAUGCAGCUAGCUUGGGUGGACAUGCCCUUGAUGGUUGUGGAGAGUUCAUGCCUAGCCCUUCUGCCACCCCAACUGACCCCGCCUCCUUGAAAUGUGCCGCCUGUGGCUGCCACCGCAACUUCCACCGCCGUGACCCUGCUUUCAUCCACCGCUUGCCACCACCGCCUAAUGCUAGCUCUAGUCCAAGCCCAACCCAUAGUCCGGGUCCAAGCCCUACCCCACCCUCACCUGUGCCAUACUCUUACUACUCUUCUGCACCACCGCACAUGCUGCUGGCCUUGACCGCUGCUCACUCCUCCGGGCCCUUGGAUGAAUACCACCAUCACCUCGGCCACUCCAACCCUUGGGCGCCGAGGAUAAAGAACAUCAACAACAACAACAACCACAAUCCAAGUGGGAGAAAGAGGUCAAGAACAAAGUUUACCAAAGAACAGAAAGAAAAGAUGCAUGCUUUUGCUGAGUGGCUUGGUUGGAGAAUGGCAAAGAGUGAAGACAGAUUGAUAGAAGAGUUUUGCUAUGAAGUUGGGGUUGAUAGAGGAGUUUUCAAGAUUUGGAUGCACAACAACAAGAACAAUUUUAACAAAAAAGAUAUAUUAGCAGUUGGUAAUCUCAAUCUUCUCGACAACAACAAUAACAAGCAAGAGAAUGCCAAUGCUGUUGAUUCCAAUACUGACAUCCACAACAAAGAGAGUAGUAUUAAGCGUCAUGAUUCUACUAAUAAAGGGUCUUCUGCUUCUUAAUUCAGGCGAAAAAUAGAAUACUAAAUCUGAUAGGAGCAGCAGAUUUUAGAGGGUAUUCUUGCUGCUCUUUUACAGUUGGCGCUCAAUUUUUAUGUUGUUUUGCUGAUUAGUAAUGGCAGAUGAAAGAGGAAGUAAACAGAGGAUAUGACUUGUAAGGAUGACAGUUAAAAGAGAUUUAUUUUGUUAUUGUUAAUUGAUGUUUAGACAUACUAUAACAUAAAUUCUUUGUCCUC